GACGCUACGUCGCGAAUUCAUCGACGACGACGCCGUGACAAAGGUUUGCUGGCCCCCCUGUGGUCAGCGUCUGGUCGGGGCCUCGCGCGAUGAUUAGAUUAAUUAGCUCGUACGGUUAGGAUCGUCUAGUUUGUAAGAAUCGACUGAGUUACAAAUUCGUUAUUAUGGCUUCCUUGGUCGCGGAUUACGGGACCUCCUCCGGUUCGGAUGGCGAGACCGACGAUGACGUUUCGGAUAUUAAUGCCUUUAAGGGUGAGGAGAAGGUGGAGUCGGAGGACAGGGAGGAGGAUGAGGAAGAGGGGUUUAAUAAGGAGGAUAAUAACACGGCUAACGGUGGACACAUGAGAGUAAACGAAACAGCAGCUUCCAAAGAAAAGCUUCCAUUGCCCACGCCGGAUUUCAACGGCGCGUCCACGUUGACGAGGACCUCGGUAUUCCUUAACCCGUUCGUCGAGGCGGAGCGGGCGAAAAGCGCGAUCCUGGAGAAGCACGUGAAGAUGACGCCCACGCUGGACGACACGAAGAUGAUAAACGGCCGCAAGAUCUGCUGGAACUAUCGGAAGGGCCGCUGCCGCUUCGGCCACAAUUGCACCUUCGCCCACGACUCGGAUCUGCAUCGCAGCGCGGCCGAAUUGGAGGCCUUGCGAACGCCACAGGAGACGCUAGUCUGUCAAACUCGGUAUAACGGGCAGCAGCAGCAACAGCAACAGCAACAGCAGCAGCAGCAGCAGCAGCAGCAGCUGCUGCUGCUGCAGCAGAUACCGCCGCCCGCAAACGACGACGAGAACGAAGUGGAUCAGGAAAAUAAUCAGACAGCGAACAGAAAGCGUAAGAAAAGGCCCGGCCUGUGCCAAUUGUUGCUUCCGAGUAAGAAAGUCUAUAAGCAGUUCAAAGCGCAACAACAGCAGCAGCAGCAACAAACCAAAACUAGAUGAAUACUAUUUCUUCGUUUGGCAGUAGGAGUUUAGUAGUAGGAGAGAAUUAAAUUGUCUUCUAGCCGAGUCGUACUUUUUGGCAAAUCGGCAAGUACGCGCAAUUUUCCCGCAGCAUAAUACUAAACAGAUCGUACAGAUGAACCUUUUGAUGAAAAUGAUAAAGAAAAGGGAUUAAAAAAAUAAUAAUAAUUCGAAAGAAAUUUCAAAAGGUAGAAAUUAUGACGAAGUAAAUCAAAAUUAAGGAGAAAGAAAAAAGAUCAUUAUGUGAAUAAUUUUAAAUUCGCUCUAGUAUUACGCUUUCAAGAAUCGAAGUUUUUUUUAUCAAAGAGGAAUCCGUAAGCCGAUGAGAGACUCGCGUAUCUCGUCUAAGAUUUAGAUUAAUUGAAACGAUUGCGUGAACAAAAUCGACAUAGAUGUAUUAUAAAGGAAAAAGGAGGGAUUUCAACUUAUGCUUCCAUUGUGAACAAACGUAUGAUGUGUAGAGUAGGAACUUUAUUUGAGAAACUUUUGUUCUCAUUGAAAAAAUUCUCGCACAAAAGACGAUGCAUGCGGGCGCGUGUGCAACCUUCGUGAGAUUCUUCGUCUUUUGUGAACGCUACGAACGCGUAGGACAUGUCUUCUCGUUAUCUUGUUUUCCCAUGUUUCAUUAUUGGAGCUCCAGUUAUUUGCUAAAUACUUACUAAUACUGUUCGUGAGAAUACCAAAAAUAACGUUCCACAUAAUAGAAUCCGUACACGGAAUAUAUAUUGUAAUAACACGCGAAGAUAUUACGACGAAUUUGGAGUACGUUCCCCCCCUCUCCUCCCCGAUUCCGUAUUUCUUCAUUUCCACGUACGAAGAAACAUCCUAUAUAUACCUGACCUGACAACAAUACUUCCAUUUUCUGUGAAUUUAGGAUUAAUCCAGUUAUUUAAUUACAUCCCUCUUUUUUAUAAGAUAUAAAUUGUUUGUUUUACAUUUCCUUAUAUACUGCGAUCGAUACGAGACAAAUUCGGUACUCUAAGUCAGAUGUAAUUACAAUAUCUGUAGAUACGAUGGAAAAGUCAUUUACUAAUACAUUAAUCUUUCUAACGAGGAAGUAUAAUUACGAUGAUAGAUCGUUACGAUAAUGGAUAGAAACGAAAUAGAAGGAUCAUUGACAAACUAGAUGUUUACCCAACUUUAUCCACCUCUAGUGGUUAAACAGUGGUUGAACAGUGUUUUACUAACACGUUAAUUGUCUGUUGAAGAAGAAGAAAAUAAAAGCAAUUAUAAUAGAUCAAAAUAGAAGCAGUGAAAAACAAGGAUUUAUGUAAACUGAUUUAUGUAACUCAAAAAAAAAGAGGCUCCUCGUUUCCGAGGAUUUCUAACAGGUUGCCAAUAAAUGAUUCAGCUGUGCUGAAAC